AUGACUUACAUCAUAGGAGCCUACACAACACAAAACACGGUUGCUGUAGCUCCUCGAGGAGCCGCUGGGAAGGAGAGGGACCGGCCCUCCUUCUCCAACUGAGCGCCCGGGGGCGCCAGCAUUUGCAGAGCAGUUGUUCCAGGCUUCCAAAACGAAAAGGGGUUUGGGGUAUUUUUUUCUGUGUGUGUUUUGCCCGAAUUGCAGAAGAUCCCCGAGGCGCCCUCCUUUUUGCAGCGCUCUUCCCGCUGGGCUGCGGGCUGCAGCUCUGCCUUCCUCUCCGGGGAGAAGCGGGGAUCCUGGCCCGCUCUGCUCGCCGCCCUUUUGGGAAGCGAAGUCCUGCUCUUCUGGUCCAGCCGCUUCGCGGAAAUUAAUUGGGUUAGCGCCUCCCUGCGCAAACUUUGGAAUUCCCCCGCGCCUUUGCAAUCUGGCAUUUUCAGGAAGUGGCUUUUGCAUUCUCACGUUAUACGAAGCGAAGAGGACGCAGCUUCGGGGAGGCGCAAACUGUUUUCUCCCGAUCAAAAAGGGUGCUUAUUCUAGCAAAUAUGCACACAGCUUGAUUGCAUCAUGUAUCCCUGCAAGAAAGCCCCGCUGAAAUUAAUGGGAUUUACUCCCAGCCAGCCGAUCACCCCACAUUUACAAUCAUCAGGUGUUGUCCAUAGAACAUGGCGAAGGCAGUCUUGAUUGAUUUGUGCAUCUUCGGACCCAGGUCGUGGAAUAACUGGACCCAGGCGUCGGUGAUCAGAACAUUAGAAACUCUGGGGGAGAACUAUCCUGUUUACCUUAUGUGUUGCCAAACCUUUGGAAGUGAAGGGAAUUGUGGAGAUGUCUUUCAUACAGCAAUACGAGGCUUUCAUGGCCCAGGGAAACAACUUGAGGUUGUGUGUGCCAAAAAUACAGUUGCUGUCUUAUACACCAUUAAACAAAAACUCGAUGAAAAAGGCAUCGACACUGUUAAAGUAAUCGUGCCGGCGCAAAGAAAACCCUUAAUGAGAGAGUACGUGAAUCAACUUUUUACUAGUGUUUACCAGUUUGAGUUUAAAGAUUUUCAGAUGAACUGUGAAGAAAACAACCUCAGAAAAUCUGCAGAACUGCAAGGUGAAUUAAUACCACUUACAGACCAAGACAGAGAGAAGAUCCAAACUGAGAUAACCAUAUUUUUGAAGAGCCUUCCUAGUCUGAAAGGGGAACUUACCAUUCUCAAAUCUUCAUUGAUCCCAGAUCCUAUCUUCCUCCAUGGAUUCACUACAAGAACGGGCGGCAUCUCCUAUAUACCGACGUUGAGCUCUUUCAAUCUCUUCAGUAGUUAACGACGUGACCCACCCAUUGUGGUUAAGGAAAACCUUCGCAGGCUAGCUGCUGCUGCUGGAUUCAACCCUGAUGCAUAUCACAGGGUAAAGGUCAACCACGCCAGUGAUGUUUGGGUCAUGGGAAAGGCCGAGCCGGAUAACUACGAUGGGAUAGUAACUAACCAGAAAGGUGUUACACUCGCUGCCCCUGGAGCAGACUGCAUCCCUGUGCUUUUCGCUGAUCCCGUCAAGAAAGCAUGUGGUGCUGCUCAUUCAGGUUGGCAAGGCACGUUGUUAGGAGUAUCGAUGGCUGUCGUUAACGCGAUGGUAACUGAAUACGGUUGCGACGUGAAGGAUAUCCUUGUGGUCCUGGGGCCGUCGGUUGGGCCCUGUUGCUUUAAACUGCCUCGGGAAUCGGCAAAAAGUUUUCUUAGGAUUGAUCCCAAGUGCGUAAGACUUUAUGAAUCGUCAACCCCGUACGUUGACCUCAGAAGAGCUACACGUAUUCUUCUGGAGACUGGAGGGGUUCUGCCUCAGAACAUCCAGGAUGACUCUGUAACAGACCAGAACCAAAAUGUAACUGUCUGUACAUCAUGUUGCCCUGAUAAAUUCUAUUCUCAUGUCCGUGAUGGUGAGAACUUUGGAACACAGAUUGGCUUCAUAUCAAUUAGAGACUGAGGGUUUAUCUUCAUAUUUAUGCAAUAAUCUGGUAGAAACUAUUGGGGCAAAUGGAUUAUAUUUACUGAUACUGAGCUCUUCCUGUGGUCAGCUAUAGUUCCAAGCUGUCUAUAUAAUAUAAUUACUUAGAAAAGGAGUCCUAUUUAUUUCUAUAGGGCUUAAUUCCACCUAAGUGUGCUUAAUCUUACACUACUAGUACAAAAAACUGCAAAUAUCAGGGAUACGUAAGUGUUUAUAGUGUUGUAUUUUUGCUUUAAUGAACUUGUUUCUAUGUUGCGCACUACUUGGAGAUUAAAAAAAAAAAGUUUAUAAAUGCUUUUAAAUAUAUUUAAAUAAAUAAAUAUGUGGCCUAAA